GGAUUGUAAACAAAUGUAUGUUUCUCACAGUGGUUGUAGACUAUAUGAACACCAUGAGAUUGAAGUCAAAGGACACUGAAAUGAUUUGGUUAGUCCUACACUUUUGGAUACUGUCUAACACUUGCAUUGCAGGGCACUUAACACCAUGGCUUUACUUCUAUUGGGGACCUAGCCCCAGUAGAGCCGACAUCAAGAUGUCUGCUACAUUGAUCUCUGCCGUGAAAGCUACUGUUGACGUAGAGUACCACGUUCUAUCAGAAGUUCCAUCUUUGACUGUCUCCGUUCCUUUAGAAGAAUCUACCGUGAAGGGGUUUGUCCUGCCAAACAACGACAUAUUCGAGCAAACAGACUACUUUACAGUGUGCUUUAAAUCAGACAAUGUCGUCGACAUAUUCGAGCAAACAGACUACUUUACAGUGUGCUUUAAAUCAGACACCGCUUUCCAUAUGGUGCUGGUCUUGUUGACGAACGACAAGAUACGUGACGUAGUGCGGCCCCUCUUCUACACCGACUGGGGUCAUAUGUACACAGUCAUCGCCCUUGUUGGAAAACCUUCAGUGCUAGUGCUAACAAUCAAGCACCUGACCUUAAAAAUCGAGAGACACUACGCCAAUAACGAUUCGAUUGAGUAUACCAAGCUGACUACAGAAGUCAUAUUGAAGACGUACAACCAUCUCCUGAUACCACUGUACGGCAACUAUCACGCUACAUUGCCCUGCCAAGGUGCCGUGUUAGAGGCAGCAGAUAAAUUCGGUGUGAUGUACCUAACCAGACCACCAAAGCAGUACUCUUCAGAGCAUGCAGUCCCAGAUAAACUAUCUGGCAAGAAGUAUCUUACGUACCGAUUUGGUCAGAACGCCGGCGGGGGAAAGUACUACAUCGUCUCGCAGGAACUUGAAACCAAACUGGACAUCGUGACCAAAGGGAAAGGAGAGCCCGUCAUACUGCACGAGAUUGGGAAUCGCCACGAGGUGAAGAUUGAAAAGUCAGCCCUGGCAAUCGUCAGUGAAAAGGAUGUUAUCGUCAUCUUCGCCUCACAAUCUGAUGAUCAACUCUCGAAUAUGGUGCCGCUAGAACGCUUCAAAACUAGCUACAUUCUAAUAGUUCCAUUUGGGUUGCCUAACUGGGCCAAGAAUCUCAUCACCCUGAUACACAAGAAAGUCGACUCCGGGAAGAUAAAUUUGGACGGGAGAGCUUUGGUGACUCCAGUGUUGUUUGAUUACGAUGGUUACACAUGUGAAGAUAUGUCUGAAACACCAGUCUACCUCUGCUUUGUGACAGAGUUCAUUGUGCGGUCAGUGCGGAUUAUUUUUGAUGUACCAGUCGAUGUGAUCGACGAACCAGCUGUGAUAGAAAUCUUGAGUUCCAAGCACACCGAGCCUUAUCAUGUGAAAUACAGUCCAGAUUAUAUAGAUGAAACCACGGCCGAUUUGCUCUUUACUGAACCUAUUGCUGUGAAAAUCAUGAAAAUAAGAAUCUCAAUCAAAGACCUAAGUCCAGUCUACACAGUAGGCGGUAACUCGGAGAGACCCCAUCUGUCGGACCUGUUGCACGACCGUGUAAAAUACCAGACGUGCAUCAUGACUAGAGAUUUCAACGAGCUGCAGAUAGACAUCGGGCAGAUGGUGCUCAUCUACCUGGUCAUCUUCUACGUCCCGGACAUUACAGCUCCAUGGACGAUACAACUGGAAUUGUAUGACACCAACGGCAGCUCCGUUUUCGAAACGAUCUUCACCCAUCAAGGAGUCUAUACCUAUUUUGCCGUAAUCAACGAACAUGCUGAAAGAAUCAUACUCCGAUUUCUGGAUGGAAUCUUUGGGAUCUGUGAGGUGGAGACAUACGCAGAAAUAAGCAAUUCAGAAACAUUUACUGAGACCGUGGAUGAAUCGAUGAGUACGGAGACCACCCUAAAUACGUAUGUGGAGGAUGAAGUAGAGGACAGCGCCCUGUUGAAUUACACGCUCGACUUCAUCAAGGUGUUGUUCUGGCUCAGUUUUAUCCUCAUCGUCUGCUUUGUUGUGGACGCAAACUUAAGACGGAGGCGAAAGCAAAAAGCGGAACGUGUUGUGAAGGAAUAGAGACGAAGGAGCCACCCAUGAAAGGUCUGCUGGUUGGCUCUCGGCUUCCAACCCAGUAACACUCAUUAAGUUUCUUAAUUAGCAGGGUCUCAGCAGCUUUUAAUUAAUGACCAUUUUAGCUUAGUUUACUUAGUGACCAGUUUAUUAUAUUAGCUAAGUUUACUUUCAUUUUUAAUACUAUUAGAUUCUUUUUUUCACCGUAGUUUAACUUUUUCAGCAGUGAGGUGAUAUUAGUGUUAAUUUUUUUUUUCAAAACGUUACAAAUAUUAUUAUUGCUCUUUAUGAACAUAUACGAUACGUGUUUAAAUAUUUAAAACAUAGGAUUUAUGAAAAUUAUGUUAAAAUAUUAAUUAUUUACUUUAAAAAAUAUAAGAAGUAAAAAAAA